AUGUCCCCAAUUAGUCAAAUGAACAGACCAGAACAUGCUCCAUAUCCAAAGCUAUCCACUACUCAAGUUGAAGAGAACAUUCUACCUCAAUUGAACCAAUGGGCUCUAGCUAAUGGUUUAAUCAUGGCUGACAAGGAUAGUAUCAGUAAGGCUAAUGUUGCUCCAACCACCAUCUUUCCAACCCCAAUCCCAGCUAAGGUAUUCGAGAACGCUAAGACUUUGCAAAAGACUUACAAUCAAUUGUACGCUCAAGUUUCCAACUCUGAUUGGCUAAUGGAAGAAAGUGGGAAACUUGUCCACUCUGAUCCUGAAUUUACUGGCAGACUUUAUGAUAUGGCUAAAAAGUGUGACUCUAAACAAACUUUAAAAUUAGGUUUGUUCAGAUCAGAUUAUUUAAUCGACCAAAGUUCUGAACAAAUCAAACAAGUUGAAUUCAACACUGUAUCUGUUUCCUUUGCUGGUUUAUCCACCAAAGUUGGUGAAUUACAUUCUUUCCUAAACAGUCUGGGUGCUUAUGAUGCUAGUGGUGAAAUGAAGAUGUUCUACGAAGGUAUGGGUGAAUUACCUGUCUCCGAAUCUUCUGUCUUUAUGCCAAGAGGUCUAGCCCGUGCUUUUACCAUGUAUCAAUCUAUGAAUUCUGAGACCAAGAAAGAAAAGGCUGCCAUUGCCUUUAUUGUCGAACCAAACGAAACUAAUUUAUUUGAUCAAAAGACAGUCGAAUUCAAUUUAUUGAGAUUAUACGGUAUUAAGAGUGUUAGAUUGACUUUUGAAGAAGCGUUAAAGGAUCUAGAAUACAGUAAAUUUGAUGACAACAAGAGAAUCAUUCAUAAGAAGACUGGUAAAGAAAUCGCUGUUGUCUACUACAGAACAGGUUACACCACAGGUGAUUACUACAAUGAAUCCUGUUGGAAAGCCAGAGAUUUCUUAGAAAACUCUUAUGCCAUUAAAGCUCCUACAUUAGACAUUCAAUUGGCUGGUUCUAAGAAAGUUCAACAAUUAUUGACUCAAGAUGAUAUUUUGAACAAAUUCAUCGAUGAUGAAACUACCAAGAAAGAACUUGUUAAGACUUUCGUUAAGAUUUAUCCAUUAGAUGAUUCAAAACUUGGUAAAGAAGGUAAGAAGUUGGCUCUCGAAUGCACAACUAAGAAGGCUAAAUAUGUCUUAAAGCCUCAAAGAGAAGGUGGUGGAAACAACGUUUACAAAGAAGAAAUUCCAAAAUUCUUGAAGACUAUUGAUGAAAAUGAAUGGGAUUCAUAUAUUUUAAUGGAAUUGAUUGAUGCAAAGCCAAGUACUGAGAAUUAUCUAGUUAGAGAUGGUAAGUUAACUAAAGAACCUGUCAUUAGUGAACUAGGUAUUUAUGGUACCAUCUUAUUUGACAAAGAUUCUAUCCGUUCUAAUGAAUAUGCUGGUUCUUUAUUAAGAACAAAGCUAAGUUCUUCUAAUGAAGGUGGUGUUGUUGCAGGCUUUGGUACUGUUGACAGUAUGUGUCUAGUAUAA